AAUCAGAAGUGACGAAAGUGAAUAAAAACGCUUGUUUGCGAGUUAAUUUACUGGUAAAAAAAUCUAAGAUAUUUUCAAACAUAGGAUCUUAAUGUAGUAUUACACAUACGUUGUGAUUUCUAAAUAGUUUUUAUCGGUAACGUUGACAUUUCGUGGCUAUGAUGGUGUAACAGUUAACGUUAAAUGUUGAUAUUAAUUGUUGGCAUGUUGUCUUAUCGAUGGAUAAAAACACCACGACUCAAUCAAAUCCUGCUGUUAAGCUACUUAAAGGAAUUUUGCUAUAAUGCCAUCUUGAUUUUUUAACUGGGUUGAUGAAAAAUAUAUCAAAAAGCGUUGACAGAAGUUUUACAAGGUUUGAACCUAUAACGUUCACAAUAAAAGACGAAACAUUAAGUUCUCAAAUCCCAUGCUGAGACAACACGAUGACGUCACUUUAUAUGCGUACCGUGACGUCGGAGAUGUUUGAAGUUGCUUUGAAAGUGAACGCUAGAUUUGUUAGGCAGCGGUCAAUUGGCAUGAAUUCUUCAAACGCACUUUAUUCCGAUUCGGCUUCGGGCAGCUCAUCUCAAAAGUGUUCAUCUUGACUGAGCCUCGGGCCCUGACGUCCGUCCGUAUCUGUCUGCUGUGAAAAAUGUGCUCAAGCUCGAGUAUUAGGGCUCCUAGCUACGGUGACUCGGUUGGGGUGUGUGUAUGCAUAUCCAAAAAGGUGUCUUUCACAUCUCGUGUGGGUGCCAGGAAGCUGACCAGAAUGAGAACAUGGCAAGAGCUAGAUUUAAUUGAUGACACACAUGAUUUUGAGAUUAAAUAUAAUGUGGUGUUUAUUAGACGGUUUCCUCAGCUGUUCCAGGUGCCAGACGGUUCGAUGUCGGUCUGAAGGAGGAGGAGAUGUGAUUAAUUACAUGUUGGAAUUGAGAAUGUCACUUUAUACGACAUAAAAGGUCGGUGGGAUUUCUCUCUAAGACACACUGUAUUGAUAUCACAAUACCACUGAGUGAGUGCAUCAUGUAAUUGCAGUGUGCAUUUGGCUGCCGUACUUCCUGAAACUUGUUUCAUUGCUUAGGCGUCAAUGCGCUCUACAUAGAUGUAAAUUAUAAUUAGCAUAAACAAUGUGAGAACUUUUCGUAAUCACUUUGCGUCAUCGGUAAUUUCAUCAUCAUCAACGCUUUCCUUGCCUCCGCUUUGACUGAAAUCAGAGGCAUUUUUUGUGCUGUGACGUGAGCAUGGUGUCGCAGUCCUAUCCUACAGCGCAACGUCUGGUUUGUUGGGGGGGUUAACUACUCAAUGCAUUUGUUAGUUCGUAAGCCUCCCACCACAGCAACCCCCUCCUCCUCCCCACCAUCCUCCAUCCGCUGCGUCAGUAGAGACUGGAAGGAGAGGUAUAUAAGACUCUGCCACCUGAAGCUCUCAAAGUCCAAUAUCUCUCGAGCUUUACCCUGCACCAGGAGCUACACUGACUUCGAAGGUCCUGCUUUGCUUCUCAGACCAAGCUUUGUGCGCUUUAGCUUUCGCUCGCUCGCUGUUUCGUCAGUAUGCAGUUUUUGGCCAGUCUAGUGUCUCUUUUGCUGGUGCUGUACAGUGUCAGAGCUGCCGCGUUGCUUCCAGUGGAGGAGAGGAACCCAGUACACAGUAGGGAGCUGAGCAAGGAACGUAAGGAGUUGAUCCUGAAGCUGGUCUCCGGGCUGCUGGAUGGAGUAGACAACAACAUGCUGCCCGGGGAGAUGGCACCUGACUCUAUGGACAUGGAGGAGCCCCUGGAGUCCCGUCUGGAGGAAAGGGCCGUCUACAAUCGGUUAUCACAGCUUCCACAGCGCGAUCGCAAAGCCCCCUGCAAAAACUUCUUCUGGAAGACCUUCACUUCGUGCUAACAGCACCAGCCCAGCAGCGGUUCCGCAAUUCUCCCUGAUAAAUGACAUGAACUGUGUAAACCUUGUACUUACCAUCUCCAGUGUCUGAAGAAGGGUCUCUCUGGACUUAAUCUGACACAGUCUGGUUGUUAAAGACAUUGAUGAUUAUAUUUAUUUAUUUAUUGAUCCAAUAAUUAAGCAGUUUAUGGACAUUUUUUGUUUUUCAGCAUCAAAAUAAGAUAAAAGCAUGUUUAAUAUAUUAGCCUUUUUUAAUAAAGGAUGUCUCAUUCACUGUGAUCUGAUGAAUAAAUAUAGAAUUGAUGGAUUUA